AAGUUAAACAACAUCCACAUCACAUCCGUGAACCAGAACAGCAACAAAAGGGUUGAGGUAGUCCCACCGAAGUUUUGCUCAGGCAGUCUCUAUGCUAUCUGGAGCUCCAAAGGGGGAGAACUGUCUUGUAGACAUGGACAGUAAAGCUGGAGAUCUUUUCAGUGCUGAGGAUGCUCAUCCAACUGGCACAGGUGGAGCUGGAAUCCUGGCAAAGCUCUGGCUUCCCAAAGGCUUAUCAGUCAGUAUGGCUAAAGAGUGGGUCGACAGGCGUCGAUUGUCCAUUCGGCCCUGGGCCAGCUUCGUGGACCAACGCAAGUUUUCAAAACCCCGCAACUUUGGAGAGUUGUGUCAGAGGGUGGUGAAAAAUGUGGAAACUUUCAACAGCAACUAUACCUUCAUCUUCCUGGGUCUCAUCCUCUACUGCAUUAUCAGCUCUCCUAUGCUGCUGAUUGCCUUGGCUGUGUUCGUUGGUGCCUUCUACAUAAUUCACCUCAAGUCCCUGGAGUCCAAACUGGUUAUCCUCGGCAAGGAGCUGACCGUUCCUCACCAAAUGAGUCUGGCUGGAGCUGUUUCUCUUCCUGUUUUCUGGUUGGCUGGAGCUGGAGCCGCAGUCUUUUGGGUUCUGGGAGCAACGCUGUUUGUGAUUGGCUCUCACGCUGCGUUCCGUGAGCUGGAGGGAUCCGACAUGGAAGAGCUCCUCAUGGAGCCUGUGUGAAAUACAAGCUGAACCCUCAGCAGGCUCUGGUCAACAAUCCUUCAUUACUUUAACCCUGUAAUCACGUUAGCGCACAGGGGUUGAGAAACAACUGCUCCUAGAUCUGUUAUUUAGCUAUUUGUGACUCUUGUACUCCUUAUAUUAUAAUGCACCUUGUCCUGGCUCUAAGUAGUUGUUGUUGCAGACUGUAUUGCCUUUUUUCAUUCAUACACAUAAUGCACAAAUAAUGAAUUUGUUAAUAAGUAUUCAAGCACAUUAUCGCCUUUCUCUACAUAUGUUAAACCUUGGAUGCCUCUGGUUUGUGUCAAAUAGCCUCUUGCUUCCUGCUACUUCCCUUAUACAGUGACAUGUCUUACAGUCAUGGAAAAAAUUAU